UGCCAGCCAGGCACAAUGGUAACAAUGGUGCCUGUCCUGCUGUCUCUACCGCUUCUUCUGGGUCCUGUAGUCCCCCAGGAGGCCCAAGCUGGUCGUUACUCUCUGACCUAUCUCUACACUGGGUUGUCCAAGCCCAGUAAAGGCUACCCCAGGUUUUGGGCCACCGGCCUCCUCAGUGACGAGGAAUUCCUCAAGUACGACAGUGAAAGCAGGAAGGCUGAGCCUGUAGGACCAUGGAGGCAUGUGGAAGGAAUGGAGGAUUGGGAUCAGGAGAGCAAACUUCAGCAGGCCAGGGAGGGCAUCUUCCUGGAGACGCUGCAAGACAUCAUGGCCUAUUACAACGACAGCAACGGGUCUCAUACCUUUCAGGGAAGGUUCGGUUGUGAGCUCCAGAAUAACAGAAGCAGUGGAGCAUUCUGGAAGUAUGGCUACGAUGGAGAGGACUUCAUUGAAUUCGACAAAGAAAUUCCAGCCUGGGUCCCCUUGGACCCGGCAGCCUGGAACACCAAGAAGAAGUGGGAGGCAGAGGAAGUCUACGUGCAGCGUGCCAAGGCGUACCUGGAGGAGGAGUGUCCUCGGAUCCUGCAGGGGUACCUGAACUACAGCAGGCAUAUCCUGGACCGGCAAGGUACUCACCGCUUCCUGCUCCCCAGCACUGAGCUGAGACAGACCAAGAACCUCACAACCUGCCAGCCAGGCACAAUGGUAACAAUGGUGCCUGUCCUGCUGUCUCUACCGCUCCUUCUGGGUCCUGUAGUCCCCCAGGAGGCCCAAGCUGGUUGUUACUCUCUGACUUAUCUCUACACCGGGCUGUCCAGGCCUAGAGAAGGCUACCCCUGGUUGCAGGGCACUGUCUUCCUCAAUGACCAGGCCUUCUUCCGCUACGACAGUGCAAGUGGGAAGGCUGAGCCCCUGGGACCAUGGAGACACAUACAAAGAAUGAAGGAUUGGGAGAAGGAGAGCCAGCUUCAGAAGUUCAGGGAGGGCAUAUUCCUAGAGACGCUGCAAGACAUCAUGGCCUAUUACAACGACAGCAACGGGUCUCAUACCUUACAGGAACGGUUGGGUUGUGAACUCCAGAAUAACGGAAGCAGUGGAGCAUUCUGGAAAUCUGCCUAUGAUGGAAAGGACUUCAUUGAAUUCAACAAAGAAAUCCCAGCCUGGGUCCCCUUGGACCCAGCAGCCUGGAACACCAAGAAGAAGUGGGAGGCAGAGGAAGUCUACCUGCAGCGUGCCAAGGCAUACCUGGAGGAGGAGUGUCCUCGGAUCCUGCAGGGGUACCUGAACUACAGCAGGCAUAUCCUGGACCGGCAAGAUCCUCCCUCUGUGGCAGUCACCAGACACACCACCACAGGAGAAAACACUACCCUCACAUGCCAGGCCUAUGACUUCUACCCACGAGGAAUUGGUCUGCACUGGACUCGGGACGGUGAGGUGCAGGAGUCUGAGUCAGGGGGUGACGUCCUUCCCAGCGGAGGGGGCACUUACCUGUCUUCCGUGGUGUUAGAGGUGUCCUCUCAGGACAGAGACCUUUAUUCCUGCCAGGUGGAGCACAGUGCUCUGGCCCAGCCCCUCUCGGUGCCCUGGGACAGCAAGCAGGAAACAGGGGCUAGGAGUAGUGGGGAGACUCAGUCCCAGUAGCUGCCCUUUCUGCCUGUCGUGAGAGAGCUGAACUUCACAAGUCACCCUCAGUGGCAUCGGCCAGGCCCGGGAGCAGUGCAUGGGACAGAAAGGCGGGGGAUUCGCAGAGAGGAGGAGGAACACCGGGCACUGAGCUGACUCUCACGGCCACAUCGCCUCACCUUGCUAAUCACGGCCCCCGUGUCCAAUCUGUAGAACCUAAUAAACAAUAAACUUGCUCAGCAAAACA